CGCUUCUGCUCCGCUCCUCUUUCGAGCGCGAGCGCGCCUGGCUGAUCUGCGCGCGAAACCACGCGAAACGUCAAGUUGGCAACGACGGCGGCGUGCUACAGGCACAGCUACUCUCGUCGUUGGCUUCCGGCGCCGUGUAUAGUACGUACGUACGACGGCGACCCAGGUGUGCGGAGCGUGUAAGCGCCGUUGUUGAACCGUGUGUGUGCCUGUGGACGGCGGUCAGGCAUCGUCGUCGAGGUAGGCUUGCCGCGUUUCGUCGUUGUUAUGAGCUUACCACGGCGCGCCGGGAGAUUCGUCGCCGCGUGGUUGCGUUACGCGAUAAUACCGGAUCGCCGAUCGGCGCCGACGAGGAGCCCCGCGGCCUGACGUCGGCGGGUUGCCCGGUGCAAGCCUCACGUCCAUCGCCCUGUGCCACUUGGCGUGCGUCGCGCGUGAGAGAGCGAGAGAGCGAGAGAGCGAAGAAGAGGGAGGGAGAGAGAGUAAGUCGUCCGCGGCACCGAUCUUCGCGGCGCGUCGGGAAGGCGGAGGAAGAAGAGGAGAAAGAAGGAAGAGAGGAAGGAGGAGAAGGAGAGAGGACCGUCGCAGUCGCGGUCGCGGUUGUUCGUCGUCGUCGCGGUUGUCGUUGUCGAAAUGCCGCUGCUACGCAAACAGCCGUUCCAGCGGCUUCACGUCUCCUCGGACUUCAGGGACGACGACGAGGUGUACCACUGCGAGGUUACCAACGAGAUAUUCAAGAACUACAAUGAAUUUUGCGAGCGGAUUAUCUUGUGUAACUCCCUUAUAUGGUCGUGCAGCAUCACAGGUAAGACUAAUAUGACAUUUGAGGAAGCUUUACAAUGCGAAGAAAAUGCGAAGAGGAGCUUGAAAGAAUUUCCAAUGGAGCUGCGAAUCCCCAUAUUGUAUCUUGCUAGUAAAACAAAUAGGUCUUCUUUUAACGAGAUGAUUGAAGACGUUUACCAGUUUGCGAGAGAUCGCUACUUUGUAGGAGAAAUGGUAGAGGCUAGUUUUACCGAGGAGGCCUGGUGUAACUGCCACGUUCUUCAAGUUAUCGUACCUACGGAACAACAAGUUAAGGCAUAUAUGAAUGAAAAUGGCAGAAGUCUACAAGAACAUUAUUAUCAUCCACCAGCGAAAUUAUUUCGUUACGAGGUAGAGCAAUUAGAUUCCGGAGAUUCUGACGUCAGUGAGAUUAUGAUAGUGGAAGCAUCUCAGGUCAGAAGACGAAAGCAACAUUACAGCAGAGAUCGUAACAAGAUAUUUCUUCGUCAACUCUGUGAACAAAAUGAUAGCGGUAUAUGGGUUGUCAAGGAAAGCGUUUUGGAAAAGUACGGGAUUAACAAAGUGCGUUUUGAUACCAUAUUUGCUGGAACACUCCCAGAUUUUACCGUGCGUGUAAAGAGAUCCGUUAAGCAAAAACAAGAAUCCAUAGAUAAAUUUCUCACCUCGGAUGUGUCGAAACAAAGAGUAGAGAAAGCGGAUCCUCUGAGAAAAGUGAAUGAUACUGGUGUGGUGAAGAAAUUUCGGAAGCCAAGGAUGAACGGUAAGUUCAAAGAGGAGCUUAAGGCAAAAGCCUUGGAAGAGAAAGCGAAACGUAAAGAAGAAAGGGCGCUAAAGAGCGAGCGUAAAAAGGAGAAGAAGCAAAAGUUAGCGGCUUUAGCUGCGUACAUGAAACAGUGGAACAAACCGAGAGAAGAUCUCGAUUGUGAGGAUCUCAGUCCAAUUCCCGAACCCACGGUUAUCAAGUGCAACAUACCAAACGAGAAGUUCGGAGAUUUCGCUAUGAUAUCGGAAUUUCUCGACUUCUUCAACGAAGAAUUAGAGGUGCCCGUAUACUUUCCGGGAGGCUUUAAUUUGGAAUUGGUGGAGAAGGCAUUAUUGACCAAAGAAGCGUCCGGUCCUUGGAGUGAUCUUUUACAAUUGUUGCUGUCAAACAUAUUUAAAUACCAAGCUGGAGAGGACAAUGAAGUUGACGCGCAGGCGUCUACCUUGUUGGACGACAGUGCUUACGAGGAUGCAUCGUCGAUGGCAAAAGCCAUUAAGCUCGCUACGCUGGCGUCUAGAUGGUGCCCCGCUUAUCAGGGAUGUAAAUUGUCGGAACUUACGUUAGAUCAUGUGACGCUGAGCGAGAUUUUGAGGCAGCAUUUAUUGAGCUCCGGAGGACGCAUAAGCGAAGCCGCUUCGAAAUGGCGAUAUUCUCAAAAGGGUGGCUAUACAAAUUACGAUGAGCCAGCUCUUCUUUUGAGGCUAAACGAAGGCUACCUUUUGCGAUUGUUGGGCCAUCGAAAUGUCUGCGAGUUUGAGCUGGACGACAAAAUAAAGGUCGUCACGUGUCUGAUCAACCAGUUGCUUACGUUCGCAUCGAUACGCGAUGCAAUCGAGGAGCGAUACGAUAAGUUGCAUCAAGCGAAAAGGGAAUUGAAGUUGUUCUUGCUUGCUGAACAGAAAAAGGAGAAGGAAGAGAAGGAAAGGAUGCGAGAACGCGAGAAGGAAGGAAAACUUGAGGAUGAAGAGCCGAAACCGAAAAAGAUCACGCGUGGUAAUUACGAGGAAGAAAAGAAAAAAGAGGAAUAUGAAAAUAAAUUAAAGGAAUUGCAGCAAGCAUCGAGGGAUGAUAAGAUGAUGAUUUACUUGGGUGCAGAUAGAGCUCAUCGAAGAUACUGGAGAUUUAUAUCUAUACCAGGAUUAUUUGUAGAAAAUGACGAACGUUGGCCUGGAAACUGUCUUCCCGAAGGUACCCCACAUCAUCCAGAAUUGCAAGACAAGGAAGCAACUUAUGCAUAUCUAAAAAAUAAAUUUGAGGAUGAGUUCAGCGACAAAGAAAAUAGUUUUAAAAAAUUGAAGAAAUCGCCUAAGAAGCUUUUAUCCUCGGAUAAAAAUGGCAUUAAAUCGCCACGGAAAGAACCAAGCCCCCGGAAGGAAUUUAAACAGGAUCUCACCAAUAUCAAAAGAAGUUUGGUACUGUGUACGGGAGACAAAGAUUGUCCUGUUCAUUGCAAGAGAUCGCUGACAACUUGGAGUUUCUACGGCAAUCAAGAGGACAUUCAAGCACUAAUAGAUAGCUUAAGUACAAGGGGUAUCAGGGAGAGUGAGCUUAGAAAUAAUCUUUUACAAGAGAUGGACAAUUUGCUCCUUGUUAUCGACGAGUGUCCGAAACACAGACUAAAUCCUGAAGUUUUUUCAGAGUCUAAUAAAGGACAAAUCAAUAAGGCAAAGAAAAAUAAAUAUGAAAACGCGAACUUGAAUUUUCCUCCUGAUAUGUCGAUCGACGACGUUAUGGAAUUAACUUUGAGAGAUCACAUUUUGGACUUUGAGGAUAAGAUCAACGCGGGUUGUCUGGGAUGCCUUAAGAUUAUCGAUCGCCUUGUCUGGAGAAGUGCGAUCAACCAGAGAAGUUACGACAAACAGUGCGACAAAUUAAUGUGCGCCGGUAGUGAGGUGGACAUAGAUAUACUACCUAAUGCUCUGGUAGAUAAGAUAAAGAACGAGUCUAAACACAGUAGACCCGGCACCCCCGAUUCCGAGGUUGGGAGUAUUAACAUAAAGACUUACAAGGAUCCAGGAAUGUACUUAGGACUACCCGGUGACGACGAAAUGGUGCCCGAUCAAAGGCAACAGGCGACCAUCAAACAACUAGCUUGUUCCAUUUUGCAGUUGUCUAACGCUAUAGAGCAGAGGUACUUACAGAGACCACUGGGGCCCGAUCAAAAGGAUAAGAAGUGGUCGGGCGAGGAGGCGCGAGAGAGAUGGGAACAGUCACUGAUCGCGUCUACAAACUGGUCCCAGUUGUUUGUUCACUUAAGUACUUUGCACAACAGCGUCGCGUGGGACAGAAGCGCGUUAAACGCUCAAUGCCGUAUAUGUCGAAGGCGUAGGGAUGCGGAGAACAUGUUGCUUUGCGACGGAUGCAACAGGGGACACCAUCUCUACUGUCUGAAACCGAAGCUUACUGCUGUACCACCGGGAGAUUGGUUUUGUACGGCAUGCAGACCGCCGGAGAUAAAACCGAAAGAGAAAGCUCAAAAGCGGAAGAGAUUCGAGGACGAGAUCGAGGAGGAGACAAUAUUAACCAAAGAGACGCGACACAAUCGCGCUAAGCGCGUGCCACACAGCGACGAUGAGGCCGAUCAAGAAGACGAUCAAGAUGAUGAAGAAAGCGAGGAAGACAUAAAUAUACGACCGGAGAAUUUAUGCGCGUCGUGUAAAAGUGGUGGAAAGUUGAUUUCUUGCGACACAUGUUCAAAUCGUUAUCACUUGGAGUGCGUGGAACCGCCAUUGUCGAGGAAUCCUAGAGGAAGAUGGUCUUGCACCAAGUGCAAGGAUAAAAAGCGAAACGCAACAAAAGUGAGGGGGCGCGAGAGGGAAAGAGACAAGGAGAGGCUGUGCGCAGCAGCAGCACGCUCUCGCAUCCAUGGCUUUGCCAAGAGCCUCCUCACUACAGAAUCUACAGACUGGGACGAUAGUAGUGCAUCGGAUGACACUGAACCGAGACAAACGCGACGUGCGACGAAAAGAGCCGCCGAAGGAGACAAGAAUUCGAUUCAGGGAUCCAUGACUAGAUUGCAAGAAUUAUUGGCCGAGAUCUGGCAUCACAGAGAUUCAUGGCCGUUUUUGUCACCCGUUAGAAAGGAUGAGGUUCCAGAUUAUCACGAUAUCAUCUCUAAUCCGAUGGAUUUUGGAACUAUUAAGUACAAACUUGGUAACGGCGACUACGAGACACUAGAUAAAUUCUUUAGCGAUUGCCAAUUGGUCUUUGAAAACUGCGGAUUGUACAACAAGGAGCAUAGUACUGUGUACAAUUACGUGUAUAGUGCAGGUAUGCGAUUACGCAAAUUCUUCGAGAAACGCUGCAAAGAAUUAGGCCUGAAUUUCGACGAGGCACUUUUCCAAGAAGAGCCCAAGAUUAAGAGGGCGAGAUUGGAUAGCGACGACGUCGAGGAAAACGGCACAUCGGAAAGCGACGAGAGCGAGACGCAGAAGAGAAGAUAGAAUAAACAAGAUUAGAUACAUAUAUUUCAUUACGAAGCAUACUCAUGAAAUUCAAAUUUCAAGGGCCGCUCAUAUUUUAUAUAUUUUGAACUCAGCAUAUUUUGUGGACUUGUAUAUCCGGUGAUGUUGAGCGGUUGAAAGAUUCUGUAUGUAGUCCAAGAUAUUUAUAAAUUAUACACUUUUUUUUUCUUUCUACGGAGUAAUAUAAAGUUACGCUGGAACAAAUUUCACGGAAUAGUGCAACUACAAAAAUUUAUUCUGAUCAAAAUCAAUGAUACAAAUAUAUACAAAAAAGAUUUUCUCUCACUUUAUAAUCGACUUUUUCGAGGCUUCUUGUAAUAAAGACAUCUGCAGUAUUAUUUGCAAGAAUGCAUAUAGCCACACGUAUACUUUUAGAUGAUAUCGCGCACGCGUAGAGCAUUUCAAAAUGACAUAUACAGCUGAUUAGUUUCCAUUUGCUUCGACUAGAAUACAGGGAUAGCACUAUUUUUUCUCUAGAUGUAAACAAGAAGAGAUGCUCGAUAUAUAUAUUCUCGCAUCGAUCAAUUAUUUAUUAUUUUUUUAAUAUUAUUCACGUAAAGCGGCAACCUAUAUAUUACUCAUUGCCGUAGUUAUAAUUAAGAAUCGUUAACCGCAUACGGUAAAUCUAUCACUAUAAAUUUUGCUUUUCUCAAGAUAGUCUGUACUCGAGCUUUAACGAUAGAAUACGAGCACGGCUUUCAAAAAAAAAAGGAAAAAAACGCAUAAGUCAGAAGUAUCGUUUAUAAAAAUUUAUGUUUGUAGAUCCAGACAAUAAAAUUGGAUACUUUUGUAC